UUCCGUCCAGAGGCGUGUGGUCGGCUGGAGGCUGGACAUGGCCUCCUGGCCGCAGCCUGACGCCUGCCUGCUUGGCGGCCCCCUGGGCCUGACAUGCUUGUCCCUUUGGAUCCCGGCUGCAGCUGGAACCCACUGUGACUGCAGCCUGGGCCUCAGCCGCGAGGCCCUCAUCGCGCUGCUGGUGGUGCUGGUGGGCAUCAGCGCCAGCUGCUUCUUCGCUCUGGUCAUCGUGGUGGUCGGCGUCAUCCGGGCCAAGGGUGAGACAUGCGCUGGAACCAUGGACAGCAGUUUGGUGCAGGAGGACCACCUGGACCUGCAGACGGUGCACGUGGAGUCCCACCUCAUGGACUCCAGCCUGGAGCUCUCCCCGGAGGACCAGGGCCUGGUCACCAUGCCCAUGGACCCCUCCCUGGCCCUGGAGGAGCCUCUCUGCCCACCGCUGCCCGAGUAGGCGGUGGCCGCGGGGGAGGGAAAUGAAAUCCUAUUUACUGUU